AUGAUCAAAAAUAGUUUGUUUUACAGCAUUUGCGAAACGGAUACUAUUGCACGAAAUGGAAACUUGAAUAACAAACUUUGUGUAACUCUAUCAAAUUACGUGGAGUUCGGUCCGAUGGACGAACGAAACAAACGACUUCCAUUAAAGCGGACACGAAAUGCGAAGCGCAAAUGGCAAGUCACACCUAAUCGGCCGUCGAUAACAACGGUUCCACGCAUAAUUACACGUAACACCUCUAAAGUCAGUUACGAAUUUUCGGUGCGCAGUUCCAUAAUCAUUCCGGGGCUAUAUCACGCUCAUAUACUAUUUAUUGUCUUUCGAUGUAAUUAUUCUGCUCAAAGUCCAAGAUUAUCAUGCGUAAUGGUGGCAAUCGCCAUCAAUUCGUCAGCCGUUCCGUGUCUAAUACUCAUUCAUUACAGUAUUCAGUGUUGUAUUACUUAG